GGUUGUGGGCUGAGCUUUUGCACUAACCUCCGUUGACACGAUGGAUAUAUGGAUUACAAGAGAAUGACGUUAAUAUCGAAAUAACAACUCAACGUCUCUUUUUUAUGGUCUUUUAUAAGUAUACUACAUUGUUAAUAGUUUGUUUCAUGAAAGUGGCUUUUGGAUACGGUGUUAGUGCGUGUUUGAAGAAUUAGGUUGUAGAUAUUGUUUUUAUUCUGCUUGCAAUUUGAAAUAGGAAAAGAAAAAAAGAUGGUGCAGUGAAUUGACUCCGAGAAAUAUUUAACUUUGAUAUCUGUUUGAAUUUGUUUGUGAGUAACUGGAGUUGUUAAUUUGGGAAAAAAGGAUUGUGAAAAGUGUUUAAUCAAAAUGGUUGCUUGCAACGUUGUGGACAGAUUGGUAUCCACUCUUUUUAGAAAAUUAGGACGUGAAAUAGCAGACAAACCGGGGUACUUUGUAAUCGUUCCCAUACUUGUUGCAGCUCUAUUCGGGUCUGGUUGGCAAAGAAUAAGAUACGAAGAUGACCCGGAGUACUUGUUUACACCAACGAAUGGACGUUCGAAGGUAGAACGAAGGAUUGUAGAGACCCUGUUUCCCAUGAAUUCAUCGCAAAAUUUUGACUUGGGACGUAUAACACGGCCUGGCCACUUCGGUCGUGUUAUUGUAGUUCCACGUGAUGGAGAAACAGUCCUUAGAGGGGAGAUUUUCGACGAAAUAGACGAACUUAACAUGAUAGUCCAGAACCUUACCAUCGACUACGAAGAUAGGCUGUGGCGUUAUGAAGAUAUAUGUGCCAGGAAAUUAGGAGGGCAUUGUUUCCAAAAUGAUGUCUUAGACUUCAAGUCCCGAAUUCGAAGAAUGGAAUACGAUCCAAAUGUGACCAUGACCUUUCCCUUGAUGGAGACCCCAAACAGAGUCUACUUCUUGGGUGGUGCAUUAGGUGGUGUGGUGACUGACGAAAACGGUGUAAUCGUCAAUUGUAGUGCAGCAAAUCUUAUGUAUUACCUUGACUGGAGUACACCCAGGGCGAAGAAAAUGGCGCGAAUUUGGGAAGCUCUGUUCUUGGAGACAGUGGAAGCUUUGAACGACCAAUUUGAUACAAUCUCUCUGGCUAUGUUUGUUUCAAACACCUUGACAAAGGAAUUGCAGAAAAACACACAAAGUGUUGUACCUUUUCUUAGCCUAACUUUAUUCAUCAUGUUGGCCUUCUCGAUUGUUACCUGUAUGAUGGCCGACUGGGUGACCAGCAAACCAUGGUUGGGUGUUAUAGGAUGCAUUUCUUCUAUCAUGGGUGUAGGAGCGGCCUUUGGUCUUAUAAUGUACUUUAACUUGGAAUUCAUCGGAAUAAACCUAGCAGCACCAUUUCUCAUGCUGGGUAUCGGAAUGGACGAUUCGUUUGUUCUUUUAGCAGCGUGGAGGCGGACAGAUGCAAAACUCAGCGUCAAAGAACGUCUUGGGGAGACUUACUCAGAAGCUGCUGUAUCAGUCACCAUUACCUCUCUCACCAACUUCAUCAGCUUCUGGAUUGGUGCCAUAACUCCUUUCCCGUCUGUCAGAAUUUUCUGCAUCUACACUGCCACAGCCGUCCUCUUCACCUAUAUCUACCAAGUAACGUUCUUCGGAGGGUGUAUGGCCAUCUCUGGACAUUGCGAAAAGAAGCGACUACAUGCCAUGUUCUGCGUUCCGACCAUGCCAAAAUCCUUAGCUGUGAACAAAAGUUUCUGUUACCGCAUUUUCUGCACUGGUGGAAAAAAUGAAGCAGAUCCGGACAAUCCUUUGGAUAACCAGGAACACACUCUCAUGGUUUUCUUCCGAGAUUACAUGGGCGUUUUUCUCAGUAAAAUAUGGGUCAAGACCAUGGUGAUUAUCUGCUUCAUGGCUUACCUGGCAGUUGGCAUUUGGGGUUGCCUGCAAGUGCGAGAAGGCUUAGAACGUCAUAAAUUAUCUCGAAGUGAUUCUUAUUCGGUCACGUUCUACGAAAGAGAAGACAUGUAUUUUCGAAAAUAUGCAUACAGAAUACAAGUAGUAGUUAACGCGACGCUUGACUAUUCAGAUCCCAAGGUUCAGGAACAGAUUGAGAAUAUGUUAAAGCAAUUCGAGGCCAGUCCUUAUGUUUCAGACAGUUCUUUGACGGAAUCUUGGUUAAGAGCCUUCAACAAAUUCACAUCCGAUAGCCGGAGUUCUUUUCUACUCCAGUCUUAUAAUAAGACAAAUCCCAGAGAUUUUCUGCAAAUUUUGGAUGUUUUCUUUAAUUAUCCAUUGCUACACGUUUUCAGGCAGGAUGUGCGUUUUAAUGAAGAUAAAACUGCCAUAACCGGAACUCGGUAUGUCAUUCAAGCCCAUAACAUAACAGAUGCAAACAAAGAGAAAGACAUGGUCCUGGAACUUCGAAAAAUAGCUGAUAACCAACCUUUCCCUGUUACAGUUUUCCAGCAAUAUUUCAUCUAUUUCGAUCAAUUUAUACUUGUGCGGGAUACAUCUAUGCAGUCCAUUUGCGUAGCUGUAGCUGUGAUGAUUGUCAUUUCCUUAGUCUUCAUUCCUAGCUUACAAUGCGCAGUCUUCGUGGCUUUCUCUAUCAUCUCAAUUGAAGUAGGAGUAAUUGGAUAUAUGACAUUGUGGGGCGUGAAUUUAGAUUCUAUCUCUAUGAUAAACUUGAUCAUGUGUAUUGGGUUUUCCGUGGACUAUUCUGCCCAUAUUUCUUACGCUUACUUCUCGGCGGAUAAGAAAACUCCUGAAGAUGGGAUUAAAGCUGCUUUGCAUUCUCUGGGAGUUCCAAUCUUUCAAGGCAGUGUUUCUACCAUUUUAGGUGUUAUUGCAUUGAUAUUCGCUCCAUCUUAUAUAUUCCUCACUUUCUUCAAGACAGUUUUUCUGGUAAUUCUUUUUGGUGCAUUGCAUGGAAUACUGCUAUUGCCAGUAUUGCUUUCUUUAUCCGAUUCCUGUUUCAACUCGAGAUUAUGCAAAACUUGCCGCCGUUUCAAAUCUAGUUGCAUCUGCCCCUCGAUGCAAACUCCAGAGAAACCACCUUUGGCUGUUCUGCAAGUACCAGAAAUCAUGUCUUAUGGGUCUGGACAAAUUCCUCGUCUCACCCAUCCGAAUGGAAACUUCCCACCUGAGAUUCGAUUCUUGGCUCCACCAAUUAAGGUUACUGACAUAGACGAAAACAGCAGCAAGGGCUCAAAGAAUGGAGAUCUGUGGGCAGAAAAUGGAGACAAGGAUCUUGGUCUUGGUACUAGUGGAGAAAGUAGUGACGGUAGUUGGAAAUGUCCUCAUGAAGAAAAAGAUAGAUCAUCUCUGCCUUCUACUCGUAAUCUCACAGGAGUUCUUGCCUAUCCUAGUGAGUACAUGUACAGAUCUGAAGAACACGAUAAUCCUGCAUACACUCCAGAUGACGAUGCACGAUCACCAGUUGUUCGCCAACCAAGGUCUCAAACCAGACAGCCAAGCAGAUCCAGGAGUUCGUCAUGUUCUCAACCACGAGAUCGAAUGAGCAGUUACAUUGAUGAUCUAACUUUAAGGACGGCAGUUCCAUGCCGAGCUCAUGAUCACCCUGUAUCCGUAGGUCCUUCAGGGGCUGCGAGGGGAAAUAAUGGUUAUUUUCUAAACCCCAAUAGACGGCCUGUUAGUAGUGGAGCUCCAACAAGAGUUGGAGAAUGGGCUAAUAGACCUCCAAGCCCAAGAGAUAGACAAAGGCGGCCUCGAGAGAGAACACCAAGAAGAGAAAAUGAUCAAGAUCGAGUAUUUACUGUGAGGUUAUGACAAUCGGAGCCGAUGAAUAGGAACACAUUGACCAGCCACAAAUAAAGGAACACUGAAUCCAAAAUGUUCUGAUUUCCAGAGCCAGUGGGGAUCAAAAAAGGCCAAAACAGCCAGCAAUCUCAGCGAACUGGUUCACCAAUUUUACCGCUGCCAACGAUCCGUGUAGGCACAAACACUUCCGUUUAAAUGUCUACAUGGUGAAAGCUUAGACACAUUGUUUCUUGCAAUACUAAUUAGUCUACCUCGAACUAUUCAUUGAGGACUGCUCAAGUUUUCUUCGAAGUUUGUGUUGAAGUGUUGGGAACAUCAGAGAUAUUGGAUCUCUGGAAAAAAAAUUGUUGAAACGACGUCUCCAAAA